CAACCUGGCGGCUGGAGUUUAGUCCCCGUUCUGCUGUGGGCGAAGCUGUGUCUGUUCCCAGGGCUUCGGGGGCCGCUGUCGUUUCGGGAUCCUCAUCAUGAUGGGGACAAAGGCGAAAGCCGGGAGAAAACAGUUGCUUCUCUUCAUAUCGGUGAUCCUGUGCUCCCUGGCGUUGACCAAAGGUACAGUCUACACUUCUGAACCUGUAGUCAGAGUCGCUGAGAAUAAACCUGCCAAGUUGUCCUGCACCUACUCGGGCUUCAACUCUCCCCGUGUGGAGUGGAAGUUUGCCCAAGGCGACACCACCAGCCUUGUUUGCUAUAACAACAAGAUCACAGCUUCCUAUGAGGACCGAGUUACCUUCUCGCCUAGCGGCAUCACCUUCCAUUCAGUGACCCGGAAAGACACGGGGACAUAUACUUGUAUGGUCUCUGAUGAUGGCGGCAACACCUACGGGGAGGUCAGCAUCGAGCUCAUUGUGCUUGUGCCUCCAUCCAAGCCUACAGUCAACAUCCCCUCCUCUGCCACCAUCGGGAACCGGGCAGUGCUGACCUGCUCAGAGAAAGAUGGUUCCCCACCCUCUGAAUACACCUGGUACAGGGACGGGGUGCUGAUGCCUACGGAGCCCAAGAGCAACCGUGCCUUCAGCAACUCUUCCUAUAGCCUGAAUCAGAAGACAGGGGAGCUGGUCUUUGAUCCGGUGUCGGCCUUUGAUACUGGAGAAUACACUUGUCAGGCGCAGAAUGGGUAUGGGACACCCAUGAGGUCGGACGCUGUGCGCAUGGAAGCUACCGAGUUGAAUGUGGGGGGCAUCGUGGCAGCUGUCCUUGUAACACUCAUUCUCCUUGGAUUCUUGAUUUUUGGCAUCUGGUUCGCCUAUAGCCGAGGCUACUUUGACAGAGUGAAGAAAGGGACCUCGAGUUCGAAUAAGAAGGUGAUUUACAGCCAGCCCACCGCUCGAAGUGAAGGGGAAUUCAGACAGACCUCGUCAUUCCUGGUGUGACCUGGUCCGGCUCAUCUCCUGUCCUCUGUGCUUGCCUUGCUCAGGACUUAAGAAUAAUGCUGGUUCCAGGGAGUCUGGAUAACAUCUUGCAACAAAGGGGUCUGGUUCUCGUGUCCUGCAUCUCUCUGGCCAUAAAGAAGAAAAAUAUCUGUGUCAGCUGACAAGGUCUGGCACCUGCCCAGCAAUCUGAAGACCACCAGCAGGAAAGAAAAAUGUGCCUUUUGGCACGUAGCCCUGAACUGGACUCUUGGACUUCCCCUAUAAAACCCCUGACCCACUUCUUGACGGGGAGCCAGCAGUUCCUAAGGUGCUAGCCUGCUGCUGCUCCCUUUGCCUGGAUUGCUUUCCUUUUCACCCAAAACUCUGUUCUCAUUAUUUGGAUUGGCACUGAGUUCAGAGACUGAACUUUAGGUAACAAUGCUUUGACUUCUUGGGGCCUUGUUGACACUGGACAGACUGGAGGUUAACUAAUUCCUAAAGAUAGCAAGCAACUUGGUUGUGAGUGUGCCUUUCAUAUGCAAUCCAGGGCCCAUACCCCCAACCACCUGUCUUUUGGGAUCUUAUAAUCUAGGCCACUAUCCACCUGCCCUAGUCACCCAGGAUCAGGUAUCAGACAACUAGGGACAGCCCUAUGAUCCAGGACCUGCUGAAAUUAUUCAAACUAGCCAAUCCUAGGCCUGCUUACCCUGCCUCACCUGUUCCUUCCUAUGAAAACCACGAUAAAAGCUAUUGCCCACA